AUGCUUCUCCGCCUUCGCGCAAAGGCCGCUUGGCACGCACAUGGCUUGCUCUUAUGGCUGUUGCCUCGUCCGCAGCUGCGGUACGCGCCCUUUCCGUACCCCAGCAUCAGCCAUACCAGACAUUGGCAAGAACAAGCCGAAUCUAUGACCCUCCAGAAGCCAAAGGCAUUGAUGGUCAAGCACUGGCAGCGAGCUCGAACCCAAGAACCGUCAGUGUACACGACCAAGAACCUCCUGGACUUGGGAGAAUUCAGGAACCGUGCUGGCCUCAACUUCGCCUUCAUGGAAGACAACAUGUUGCAAGGAAUGCUUGCGGCACGCGCCAGCAAAGGCCUGACGGCCCAAUUGAAACGGGAUGCCAUUCAGGAAGCCCAACGCGAAGCCGAGGCCGCGACCAAGCGUGGAGAGAAGCACGACAUGGUGCGCUCCCUCAUCGGCCCAAAGGGAGGCCUGCCAACGUUGAAGGCAGACCUGGUGAAACUGGCUUCACUCCUGAACAUCCCCGUCCAGGCUGGAAUGACUGUGGAAGAUCUCAAGAAAGCUUGCCGCCCCUUGGUUGCCGAGAUUGCUCAAAAGCCAACUCCCUCGAAGGCAAGUGGAUCGACCAGUUCAACGGAAAGACAUGUCCCCGAGACGUCAAUGGCGAGACCUUCUCAAGCGCCCGAGACAAUUGGCGCAAAGGCCAAGGCAUCUCCUGGAGUGACCGCUCAAGAGCUACAGGAAGUCCUCACCAUGCAGGACCACAAGUUCCAAGGGAUGCUGAACCAAGUGCUCCAGAGCAUUUCGACCCUGCACCAAGCAUCGCACCUGCCAGGACCUAUGACUUCCGGUCCGAUGGAAACCGAAGCAACCAUGGAAGUGAAUGAAGUCUAUGAGGAGCAGUGGCAUCGAGCGAUGGACCACUUCCAGAACGAGAUCUUUGUCACCACCCUCACCGUUGGCGAUGAGAAGUCUUUUCAGUCCCAUGCCAUGUCUGAGAAUAGGUUGAUUUCAAAGAACCCCGACCUUGUUGAGAAUGACCGCUUCCCCAAGACCUUUGUCACUGAGGUCUACACAAACACGGAGCGAGUUGCGCAGACGGCUCGCAAACGAGGACAUCGAGUGGGAGCCUCAAUGAGCUUGGAAUCAGGAUGGAACUUUCUCCGUCCACUGGAUCGCAAAGCUGCCAGAGCCGUCCUGAAGCGUGAAAGUCCUUUCUUUUUGGUGCUGGCAUUUCCUUGUUCCUUUUGGAGUGUGUUACUCAACCUCAACCCUCCGAAGAAUGGCACCAAGAUGUAUGAGGAAGCGAUCACCCUCUUGCAGUUCGCCCUCCAAUUGGCCAAGGACCAGAAGAGUCGUGGUUGUCACUUUGUUUUGGAGAACCCUCAAUCCUCUAGAGCAUGGACCCUGGAAGAGAUGCAAAGAGCCUUGGAGCAACUUGAGGCCCGUUGUGUAGUCUUCCACCAAUGCCGAUUCCGCUUGAAGAACCAGGCCCUGGUGGUUGGCAUGGAAAAGCAGUUUGAAGCUGACUUCAAAAGACCACACAACAUCCUUGCCAUCGAAGACGGUGAGGAGGCUGAAGAUGAGACCGCCCUGCCGAUUGACAUGAACCUGAGUACAUCUCCAUUUCCUGAAGCUGUACGAGCUGCCUUUGAACAGAGACGGCAGAGCGUUUCCAGUGCCGCCCCAAGUGCUAGCGGCGAGUCACAAGCUUCCAAGAGGCCUGCUGAACUGGAUGCUGAGCGCUUGCGUGAAGAAGCUCUUCAACCAGACCCUGUUGCUCCAACUCCGGCUCAACCUCCAGAUGAAGUUCCUGAUGAAGCUUCCGAAGCCCUGAGAGUGACUCAUGAAGUGAUGGAAAUGGAAGCCUAUGCCAAUGUACAUCCGCUCCGUCAGAUCCAGAUCAUGGCGGAACAGGAUCGUCUAAAUCCCUUGGAAGCCAGAGUCCGAGACCAUGGGACAUGGCGUGGCAAUUGGCCUCUCCCCUCGAGGACAGAAUUCAAACGACGGCAAAUGCUGAAGCAACUUUGGCCCCUUGGCAAUGAUGAUGCUGCUCAGGAAGUGCUUGCAGUGCUCACUGCUCGUAAGGAGCAUGUAUGGAGUCACAUGUCGGACUUUGAGAAAAAGGAGUUCCGUGAAGCAGCAGCCAAAGGAUGGUCAGUAUGGGUUGAAAAUGAAGCCAUCGAACCUCUUCCAGAUGCCGAAGCUGCCCGCAUUAGGCAGAAGUUGAAGACAGAAGGUGAAAGCCACCGCAUCUUGGUUCCUCGCUUCGUCUAUGUGGACAAGAAUGACGGACUGAGGACGGCAGACCGGGACCUUCCACUCAAGGCUAACGCCAGGCUGGUCGUCCCCGGAUACCAAGACAUUAGUGCAUAUGGGCUUCGCUGUGAUGCUCCAACAGCGUCGAGAACUUCUCAGCAUCUUUUGCUGACCUUUGCCGCCAGUAUGAAGUGGAAGCUGGCAAGUGCUGACAUCAAGUCGGCAUUCAUGAAAGGUGAAGAGUUUGGCCCCAAUGAACGCAUCCUCUACCUCGCCAACGUGAAGACCAGAGCACCUGAUGAGCCACGCUUACCAUUCUCGGAAGCAGGCUUAUGCCGUGUGAAAAAGGGAGUAUUUGGCUUAGCUGACAGCCCUCGUCGUUGGUAUAAGAGGUUAUGCAAGUCAGUACAACACCAUGGUUGGCAACUUUCAGCUCUGGAUUCGGCCAUGUGGUUCCUGUGGGAAGGCUCCAAACUGGAAGGCAUCCUCAUCUCCCACGUGGAUGACUUGCUACUGGCCGGAGGCCCUCGCGCGCACCACACCUUGCAAUUGCUGGGUGCCGAACUUGGGUUUGGUUCCACCUCCACCGGAACCAUAACCUAUUGUGGGAAGAAGAUUGAGCAAGCUGAAGAUUUUUCGGUGAAAGUUUCCAUGGAAGAGUACCAUAGCAAUCUUCAGCAGGUGCGCAUCAACCCACUUCGAAAGAAGAAUCCAGAGGAUCUGGAGACCGCUGGUGGCAAGGGCUCCCACCAGGCGGCACCAGACUCAUUUCUGGAGCUCUUCCCCGUCUCCUUGAGUUGCCUGCCCCUUGUGCGGCGCCGAACGCGACGCACGGAGCACGGCGCGGCCGCUGCAGCUCCACACGCUCGGCACGGCGUGUCCGGUGAUGACGAGGAGGAGCCACGAGGUGAUCGGCUGCGGCCAGAGCAGCAUUUCCAAUUGAGGACCAUCGAUUCCUCCUUGGCCUUGGCGAUGAAGGCAAUGGCCUCGCCAGAGCUUCAAGCAAACCUUUGUAGCUUGUUGCAGACCCUGACGCCUCUUGGGGCGACAGAUGGGGUGGCCAUGGCCUUUUGCCCCUUCCCACUCUGCGGCGAGUUCAGUUCGGGUUUGGAGUGCGCCCCUCCUUUGCCAGAGCUCUCAUUGCAAGCCUUGCAACGCGGCCUCUUGGUGGCGACCUUCCUACAAGGCUCCUUGGGUCUCCUGCGCAUUUGCUUGGGUGACUUCUUUAGCGGUUCCUACACCUUGUUAUUAGCCACUUUGGGCUACAACUCUCGGCACCCUGGACCGUCCUCAGCCUGGUUAAAAACCUAUGUCUUGAUCUCAUUCAUCAACGGCACGAUGGGAAACAUCGAUCUAAUGCAGAAUACCUUGCUGCACAACUUCCCGGCAAUCCAACUCUCAUUGCCUUUGUCGGUGAACCUCAUGCACACUGUGCAGCUCUUAGUCCCCGGCUGCUCUUACUGCGGGGCCUACUUCGGCUGGCAACAUAUCAAGACGCAGCGAAAGAUGAUGGUGGAAGCAUAUCAGCGAGAGUGGAUGAUGAUGAUGGAGCGUCCACCUUGGCCUCCACCGCCCUUGAUCCCUUUGCCCGGGAUGCCACCGCCACCGAUGCUCGCGCCCGGUGCACCGGCGUCCAAUGCGGGCGCUCCGCCUGCGACGCCUGUUGCCCGGGCUGUGGAGGCCUGA